CUUCUCCUGGGGCUUUCACUUUCCCCAUCCUUGGGCCCAGCCUCUUCUCCCCUUGCAUCUCCGUUCCCCUCCUUGGAAGAAAAGUCCCUCAUCUUGCUUGUCUCAGACCCGUAAAUCCUGGCGUCGAAAGGAUUGGACGAAGGGGACCGGAAGUGUGCGCGGCAGCGGCGGGUCCGCAGGGAACCGACGCCGGAAGUAGCGAUUUCUGGAGGAUUCCGCUGCUUUCGCGAUGGCGGCAAUUCCCCCGGACUCUUGGCAGCCGCCCAACGUUUACCUGGAGACCAGCAUGGGGAUCAUCGUGCUGGAGCUGUACUGGAAGCAUGCUCCAAAGACCUGUAAGAACUUCGCCGAGUUGGCUCGUCGGGGCUACUACAACGGCACCAAAUUCCACAGAAUCAUCAAGGACUUCAUGAUCCAGGGAGGUGACCCAACAGGGACAGGUCGAGGCGGUGCGUCUAUCUAUGGCAAGCAGUUUGAAGACGAGCUUCACCCAGACUUGAAAUUCACAGGGGCUGGAAUUCUCGCGAUGGCCAACGCUGGGCCUGACACCAACGGCAGCCAGUUUUUUGUGACCCUCGCCCCCACCCAGUGGCUCGACGGCAAACAUACCAUUUUUGGCCGAGUGUGUCAGGGUAUAGGAAUGGUGAAUCGAGUGGGCAUGGUGGAAACCAACUCUCAGGACCGUCCCGUGGACGACGUGAAGAUCAUCAAGGCGUACCCUUCCGGGUAGAUAUGCCGCCCUCGUGGGCAUCCCAGGUCUGCCAGGACAGCCUCCGCGAGCCGGCUUCCGGAUGGCCUGCAGUUCCAUGUGCCUGUCAGCUCCACUUGGACCUUGCAGAUCAUGGCCGGUCAAAGGGGAAGGAAGCUGGGGUCUUGGGUGAGUUAGAGAUGGAGCGUAUGUUAAUAGGAUGCUGCUUUUCUCUCCUCCCAUGCCUAGCUGGACAGGCUACAUGCAGAAAUGCCCAUAGUGUUUAUUCACGGGUCACUGCCCCCACGAAGGACCCCUACUGCCCUCCUUGUGUGUGUGUGCUCCGACACACUUGGAAGAAAUGAAGCAGACACUGUCGUUUCACAGUGUCCGGCCACACUCCUUCCGGGGGCAUUGGUAUUCCGGCCUACACUGCAGCCUCUGGUGGCCGACGGUCACAGAAUUUGAAACCCACUGGUGUCCCUUAGCUCGGUUGUACAGGCUUUGUCUCCUGCACUGGCUCUUCCAGGGACGUAUGCCUCUCUCCCCCUCAGAACCAGCACAUCAGCACUGCUGUUUCUGACACUUAGACAUCCCACGCAAAGUCACAUUGAAUUUUUGCCAAAUAAAAACGCAUCCAACAAUCAAGUUUCCAAGAAGGUGUCAAGUGGGGAAUGAUAA